AUGCCUCCCUAUGCUGCAUUCAUGAAAGACUUUCUCUUUGAGAAGAAGGCUUUAAAGGGAGAUGAAAUAGUGGUGCUGACCAAGGAGUGUAGUGCACUCAUUCAGAGCAAGCUGCCUAAGAAGAUACUAAAUUUAGGGAGCUUUCAGAUUCCUUGUACUAUUAGAAAUGUCACUUUUGACAAAGCUUUUUGUGAUCUUGGCUCAAGUAUAAAUCUGAUGCCCUUGUCCAUAAUGAAGAAGCUGAAAAUUCAAGAAGCACAACGUACAAGGAUAGCAUUGAAGAUGACUGAUAAAUCUCUAAAGCAAGUGCACAGGCUAGCGGAAAAUGUUUAG